AUGUUUCUUCCCGAGGAUCUUCUCUUCAAGCAAGGCGCGCUUGCGCACGUCUGGCUCGCCUCCAAUCAGCAGAAGAAGCUCACCAAAGCUCAAGUGCUGCAGCACAAGAUCCCCGAGAGUUGCGAGGUCAUUAUUCGACCAGAGGUGGCUGCUGGCGGCCCACUUGCGUUGCGUUUGAACGCGCAGCUACUUCUCGGUGAAGUGCGCAUCUACCACAAGAAAGCCCACUACCUGCAGGAUGACUGCAAUGAAGCUUUGUGGAAGAUCAAGAUGGCUUUCCGCCCUGGAAACAUUGAUCUUCCUGCGCAGACUCAUGUUGCUAACCCCACCAACUUGAUUCUACCGGAUCAAAUUACCGACCUGGACCUGCUAGCUCCUAUGCCAGAUCCCUCUUUUCUUCUCUCACAGCCGCUUAGUGGUAGCCUCGAUCUUGGAAACACCACUGUACCGGAUUGGGAUAACAGCCAGUUUCUCUCUGGCAGCAUUGAGCACCCACGUAUGGAACCAAUGGAGCUUCCCGACGAUGACCUGAACCUGGAUAUUGGAGAAGAUGACGACUUGGAGCCCCCAGCCCCGUUCGACGAAGGCACAAGUAUCGAGAUAGGCCGUAACGCGCCCCUCGAACGCCGUCAAUCCGAUGAAUUUACUGCGCUAGACAAGGGUCUUACGCUAGACGCUGAUGACCUUAACAUAGAUAUUGGGGAAGAUGCUCCUACAGAACUUGGCCCUGGCCCGGAGCUGAACCUCGAUGAUGAUAUGGAUAUCACCAUGGGCGGAAUGAACGAAACAGAUCUCCCAGCAGGUUCGAUAGCAGGCGAUCUGCCUAUGCGCCAGCGUGAGGAAUCACCACUUUCCGAGCUGGGAGAGGAAGAGGCCACUCGCCUUGAACAGGAAAUCGCCGAGCAAACCACCACCUUUGAGCCAGAGCAGGAGGAAGAGGAGGAGUCCAUUCACCAAGCCAGGGCCAAGCGCAGGAGGGUCAUUGGAGCCGACGCCGAGACAAUGAUUUCUAGCCAGCAACUGAAGGAGCAACAGAACAACCGUGAAAAGAUUCUCAAGCCUGCGUCUUUCCUUCCACGCGAUCCCCUCCUUAUGGCUUUGCUCAACAUGCAAAAGUCUGGAGGCUUUGUAUCAAGUAUUCUUGGUGAUGGACGAAGUCAGGGUUGGGCUCCCGAACUGCGAGGUAUCCUUUCUUUGGAAGUAAUCUCCCGGCCAAGCCAGAAACGCAAGCGGGAUGGCGUCAACAUCGGAGCGGACGCCGAGGACGACGAAGCAACAGCAGGUGAAAGAGAGAAGACGCCACAACUACAGCUAGAAUUUGAGCAAGAUGAGCCAACUCUAGGUGGUGGUGAUAUUGGUAUUGGCGGUGACAACACAAUGCUAGGAGGAUCUGAGGACAUUAUCCAACUCCCCGAUGAACCAGAUUUCCAGCAGAUCGGUGAAGAGGAAGAGGAUGUCUUUUCCCCAGUCCCAGACAACUUUGACGACACAACCGCACCUCUUAUCCAUCCCGCCGAAGGUGGCCCUGUAUCACUAGGCACAAAACACGCCGUUCACUUCUUACGAGAGCAAUUUGGGCCCGAAGCUGAGGAGAGCGAAUCAGUUCGACAAAAAAGCAGCAUCAUCUUCCAAGACAUUUUCCCAGAAACCAGGACAUCACGGACCGACGCCACCAAGAUGUUCUUUGAAAUGCUCGUCCUGGCAACCAAGGACGCCAUCAAGGUCGAACAACCAGCCAACAACCUUGGUGCUCCCCUACGUAUUCGUGCCAAGCGUGGUCUCUGGGGUGAAUGGGCUGAGACUGGUGCAAGUGGCGAACUGGCUUCCCAAGCCCAAGCUGCGCCUGCAGGAGACUCUGAUGCCCCUGCUGAGGCCAUUUUCCAAGGGCCAUCUGAAGUUUCUGUCUCUGCGUAG